CAUAGAAUAUUUUUUACAGUGAUGAAUAGCGUCAUAUAAUUGUUGUCGUGGUUCUUGUAGGUUGGACCCCAAAUGAUCCACUUCAUGGAGAUGAACUUUGAGAAGAGUGCCCAGACCAUGAUGCACUUCUGGUCAGACUGUCAUGAGGAGAUGAUGAUGAACCAUCAUAGGCACAACAGAGAGAUAGGGGAGAGCAGGCUGAGAUUUAAGGUAAGAGUGAUGUCCCGGAAUUUUCUAAAAUCACUAGCCCAGUUUUUAACCAAUCUUUUUUUGCCCACGCACGCAGAGCUGAGCACCUAAAAAAAAAAGCUCAACACCCUAUCCUGUCCAUCCCUUUGCUGCGACACACUUUAAUUUUAUCUAGUCCCAAUAAAACUGUACAAUAGAUUUGUCUACCUCCUUGCACAAUGUCUGCACAUGUAUCGGGCCAUGCAUACUUAUUACUAAUCACAGACGUGAAUUAUUCAUCACUUCAUAAUCACUAUUGACUCUGUGGGCAAGAUCCACCAAAGUUGCAGGCUGGAUGUGGUCCGCUGGAUGUAGUUUGCCAAGCCACAUUUGUAGAAUAAAACUUACAGCAGGUGCCAUGUGUUUGGAAAUCAAGCCAUUACAAAGAAAGGCAGGGAUUAACUUUUAAAAGUAUACUGUCCCCCCCCCCCUCUUUUUUUCCCUUUUUCAGUUGGUUCUUUCACAGAGAUUAAAUAAUUUUCUCCUCCACCCCCCCCCCCCCCCCCCACACACACACUUCAGAGCAUAUACCUUCACACAGGGAGACAUUGCUUUAGAAGAUUAUCAUUAUUAUGUCAAAUAAUGAUAUUUAUUGAAAACCAAACAGAUUGUUGAUUGACAUAACAACUGAACAUACCAACUGCAAGUAUCAACUCAACUAGCAUUAACACAAAGAAGAGAAAACAGUUUUUUUUAAAUUUUAAAUUUUACAUAAAUAAUCAAAGAGAGUAUGAACGGACAUCAAUCAGACAAAUGGUCCAAAAUAACAAAUUGCAAUAUGAACAUGAGAGAGAUUUGUUUUUUCCCUUGGCUUCAAUUGUUGCCACGACUGAUUGGAUGUUGGAAUGGAACAAUUGUUGCCACUACUGGUUGGAUGUUGGAAUGGAACAAUUGUUGCCACUACUGGUUGGAUGUGGGAAUGGAACAAUUGUUGCCACCACUGGUUGGAUGUGGGAAUGCAACAAUUGUUGCCACCACUGGUUGGAUGUGGGAAUGGAACAACUGUUGCCACUACUGGUUGGAUGUUGGAAUGGAACAAUUGUUGCCACCACUGGUUGGAUGUGGGAAUGGAACAAUUGUUGCCACCACUGGUUGGAUGUUGGAAUGGAACAAUUGUUGCCACUACUGGUUGGAUGUGGGAAUGGAACUAUUGUUGCCACCACCCGUUGGCUGUGGGAAUGGAACAAUUGUUGCCACCACCGUUUGGAUGUGGAAAUGGAACAAAUGUUGCCACCACUGGUUGGAUGUGGAAAUGGAACAAAUGUUGCCACCACUGGUUGGAUGUGGGAAUGGAACAAUGGCACUGCUAUUUUAAGUUGAUGACUUUGAAAGCACUGAAUGAGUAUUCAAGGUUUAUUUUUGUUUAAAAUAUUAAAGUAAAGAACCGAUUCUAUCUGUGGUCAUAUGAUGCAUAUGUUUGACCACAGAACCAGAAAGAGGCUGAGUAUCAUAAGAAAGUAGACCAGGAGAACAGAAGGUUCCAGAACGUGAUGGCACAGCAAAAAAAUCAGCAGCUGUUUUCACUGAGACAGUGGAGGGCCACCAAGAGAUUCUUCAAUGGCGAAAGAGGGGCUUGGAAGGACAAGUAAGUCACUUAGUCUGGUCUAGUGACUCACAUUGUUUGAAUGGUCUCAGUCAGGGUCUGCCACCUUUUUGGACUGAGGAGCCACUUUUAUAAAGUAUAUCUGCUGUGCAAAUAUUUUUGGACUGCUGGUCUUGGUUGAAUAUUUGAAUUUUAAGUUGCUCUUGAUACAAAUAUUUUUCUUAGUGAGGUAACUUUAUAUUCUAGAAAGUCAUGUGAAUGGGUAGACAACUCUAACUUAUAAAACAUUUGUUGCGUGCCCCUGUUUUCGCCAGACAUCAACAAGUGGUCCACUGGAAACUGUCUAACAAAGAAAACUUCCAGCGCAUGAAAGUAAAACUGACCCAGAACUACAAUUUUGAUAGUCACAUCAAUGCCAGCCACCUCAGUGACAAUAUGGGUAUGUAUAGGACAGGGGACCCCAGCCACCUCAGGGACUAUGUGGGUAUGUAUAGCACAAGGGCCCCCAGCCAACUCAGGGACAAUGUGGGUAUAUAUAGCACAAGGGCCCCCAGCCAACUCGGGGACAAUGUGAGUGUGUAUAACUCAGGGGCCCCCAGCCAAUUCAGGGACAAUGAGGGUAUGUAUAACUCAGGGGCACCCAGCCAACUCAGGGACAAUGUGAGUAUGUAUAACUCAGGGGCCCCCAGCCAAUUCAGGGACAAUGUGAGUAUGUCUAACACAGGGUUCCCAUACCUCAGGGACAAUAUGGGUAUUCACUUUGUGAUAGGGAUUUCCUGUCACUUCAUGGACAAUAUGUGUAUGUACUGUAAUAAGUCCCCUGUCACUUCAUGGACAAUAUGUGUAUGUACUGUAAUAAGUCCCCUGUCACUUCAUGGACAAUAUGUGUAUGUACUGUAAUAAGUCCCCUGUCACUUCAUGGACAAUGUGGGUCUGUACUCUAACACAGGGGUCCCCGGUUAUUUUGGGGGAUAAUUUGGAAUUGUAAUAUUGGGAUUCCCAGUCAUCUCAGGGAAAAUUUUGAUAUUUUUAGGAGCAAUUGAUACUGGGACAUCACUCCGCUUAGAAGAACUCAAGGGAGUUAAAGAAGCUUUGGUAUCAAAAGAAAACAUUGCAGAUGACACACUUGGAGAUGAAGAGUGGAGCGCCAUCUCAGCUUCAAGGUAUGACUUUGACCCUAGUAUCAACAUAAACUUGUUCAUCCUCAACCAACCAAAACUACACUUUAUUUGGAAACAAGUUCUGCAUUGUUAAUUAAGACUACAAUGUAUGUACCGGGUAGCUUUAACUUACAUGUUGUCAAACAAUGGUGUAAACCAGGGGCCUCCGGCCUGCAGAGACCUUUUUGUCUACGGAAAAAGUUACGUAAAUUCACGUGUAUCCUGCCAAGAUCAGACGCUGCUUACGUGGUCGUUAUGUUUUUACCAAAUUAAAAUAGGGGCGCGCAGUACUGCGUUAUGUUUUUUAACCAAUCAUUACUUGGCAAAAACUUAUUCGCUGCUUAGUUUUUCUGCUUCCGUUCACAGUCAAUGAGAUGAUAUAACGCCAUCUAGUGGCGGAGCUUUGCCCGCCGUGUUGCAGACAUGUUUCGUCAAUUUUUAAUUGCAAUGGAUGAAUAGCUGGAUAGCUAUUCCAACCCUCAACUGCUUGUUUUCGUUAGAGGUGUGGAUGAAGACAUGAACAUAACACAAGAGCUGACUUCCCUACAUAGCAUGUAGGACUCUGUUACCGGAGAGGAUAUAUUAAUUGAGUUAAAAAAAAAUUUGCUGAUUAUAACUUGGACUGGACUAACCCCAGUUGCCUGACUGUUGACAGAGAAAAGAAAAUGAGUGGCACAAAGAAAGGCUUGGUUGGACACGUGAAGCAGAUGUGUCAUGAGAAAAAAACAAACAUUCUAUACAGCCAAUUUUCCUGCACUGUAUUAUUCAACAGAAAGCUUUGUGUGAUAAAUAUGUGAAGAUUAGCAGCGUGCUGAAUCCUGUGGUGAAGAGGGUUAAUUUAAUAAGGUCACGUGGGCUCAACCAUAGACAGUUCAGAGACCUGUUGAAAGAUACAGACACAGAAUAGCAAGUAUUACCAUAUUACCCAGCAGUAAGAUGGCUAAGUUAUGAGAAAGUUCUAAGCAGAGCAUUUAAGUUAAGAAAGGAAAUAGGUGACUUCCUGGAAAGUAGAGGCAAGACACAGCCAUUAAGUUUGAUGAGGAGUUUUAUGGAAAAUGUUCUUUGCUGCAGAUAUAACUAAUCAUUUAAAUUUUCUGAACCUUAAACUACAUGGAGAGGAAAAUCUAUUUUUUGAUCUAUAUACCCACCUUAAGGCCUUCAGAUCCGAAUUCGUCUUGUUUUUUGGAACAAGUACAGGUCAAAAACUUGACACACUUUCAGCAGUGGAUGGUCUUCAUGGCUGAGGCAACAGUGGAGUUCCCGCAUCAUUUGUAUGCGAGAUCAUCAAAAACCCCACAGCUGCAGUGUCAAAAGUGUUUUUUUAAAAUUGGAUUUAAAGGCAGAAGAAGUGAGCCUUUUUCAAAAGCAUAUUUAUUUAUUUAGGCAUUUUUAUAUAGCGCUUACCUUACAGCUCUAAGCGCUUUACAAUUAUUAAAAACAUGUAACCUAUUUAAACUACUAAAGUAAAAUAAAAAUGAAAAACCAGAGACACUAGAAUAGUAACUACUAUAUUAAAAAUGACUAUAGAAACAGUAGCUUAAACAUUAAAAUGGCUAUAAAAACAAGUACACUUUGGCAUAUUUGGCCAGUCGCCCAGAUGAACUGCACCUGGAGCUCAUUGAGCCUUAGGGACAAGUUAAAAGUAGGACCAGUGGGUUUUUAAUUUGUUUUCGCCCAUGGAAGACUUCCCUAAUUUCAAAACAUUUUCACCAAGGUACCUUUCAAUCUUUGGAACAACAUACCUGUGUGAACAAACAUUUUCAAGAACGAAAUACGCAAAGAACAAUCGAGAACAAAUUUGACCAAUGAUAAUCUCAGGUCACUGUUGAUGUUAGAGACAUCAAAUCUACAUCCAGAAAUGUUUGCUAAUCACUGUUACUUUGGCAUCAGGGAAACUAUUCCACCAUUGCCACUAAUACAGGUGUUCAGGGGAAACUAUUCCACCAUUGCCACUAAUACAGGUGUUCAUGUGUCGUGUAGCAAUGUGUUAUUAAAUAAUUACUGAAAGAAAAUAACAAUACAUACUUAAUUAAAAACAACAGUCAUGUUUUGAUUCUUUUUUAUUUGGACCUCGAUUUUGUUUGAUAGCUAAUGCUGCCCUCAGGCUGAAAAGUUUGGAGACCCCUGGUGUAAACUAGAAGUAAUCAGCCACACAUGCCAACCUGUACAUUUUGUUAGUAAUUAUUACGAGUGUUAACCUUUUUCAAAAGUUGUACAGUCAUACAUGAUUCUUUGCGGUUUUCAAUGGAUUUAGAAAAGAACAUUAUUUGCACAUGACACGACAGUGACGACACAGAAUUGAAAUCUUAACUGGCAGUGCAAUAAAUUGGUCAACAGAAAGCUGAAAUCCUAUUGGUCUGUUCAAAAUGACCUUUGGUCCACAGUUCAAAGAUUGGUUAGGCCAUCUAAAUAUAGAAACUGUGCACAGCUUCAUUGAGAAUCACAGAGACCAAUCAGUAAUAGUACUGCCCAUUCGUUAUUAGUACUGCAGCCUUGCUCGGUAGAAACUACUUUGAGUAGUUAACCAUGAUUACACAUCAGUUUGUGUGAUUCUUAUUAACACCUCAUAUCCACAAAGCGCAUAUGUUAAAAAAAAUAAUAAAACUCUCCACAGGACUUUUCCCAUGCUAUGUUGAAGCUACAGCUAUAAAUUGACGGUAGAGUUAAUAGAUUUGUCGCAAAAUAUAUUCCCUUUCAUUAAUUUUGAAACAGGAACCUUUAUUACUACAGCUAGCAUAAUGAACCGAAGAAUGUCUAAUUACAUCUGCUAUCAAAUUGAACAUCCAUUUUAUAUAAAAAUUGCUACGGACCAGUGUAAUUAUGCACACACAGCGAAGGGGAGAUUAUUCUUGAAAAUUAGGUCAAACCAGAAGGCAAAGUUUGCAUGCAGUGAAAUCAUUGAUAGUUAAAGGAUGAAAAUGUUACCUUUUUUUUUCAAAUUUUUUGUUUCCUAAUAUUUUUCAUGCUGUUAUAUAGAUUUUGGGGGAAUUUUGUACAGUUUCUUUUAUCCCAACAGGUUGCCAUGUAUGACAUCCAUGGAUAGUUUUGAUUUUACUUGUUACUGGUGUUAGCCUUGCCAUGUGCAAAGAAUUAUCGUUCUGAAAUUGAAACAAUAUCACAUCGUAAUUAGGAAAUCUGUCAAGCAACUAAUCACAGGCAUGUUUACCCUCAAACUCUUAAAAUCGUACAUUAUCACCAAAUUUUUCAAUACAUUAUCAUAGUAGUAAAAAUAAACAUACAGUAUAUAUAACGUAUACACCUCAAAAUCGUACAUUGUACGACAAAAUCGUAAGAGUAAACAAUUCACAAUGAAUUAAAAGUCUAGAAGAUAUAGAAAAUAUCCAGAACUUGUAUUUGUAACUUCUGUAUGUGUAAGACUCCACUGGCACAUCACAUUGGCCUCUACCUUGUUGCCCCUUGUAUUUCCAGUGCCAACAUUUAAGAAUAGACUGGGCGAGAAAAGCUGGUCAUCUCUGCUGACUGUGAACUUAUCACGGUGACGGAUGAU